AUGGUGAAAUUAGAACAAGAAGAGAAUGAAAUCCUUAAUGAUGCCCAAUCAGGCAAUUCAGAAGGAUCAGGUGAUGAACUUGUAGAUUCUUCUGAAGAGGAAGAAGAUGAAGAUGACGAAGAAGCAAUUAAGAAAGUUCGUGAAGGUUUCAUUGUUGAUGAUGAUGAAGAAGAAGAAGAUGUUGAUUCAAGAAAAAGAAGAAAGCACAAGAAAAGAAAGAGAGAUAAAGAAAGAUCAACUUAUAAUGAUGAUCAAUUAGAUGAAGAUGAUUUGGAAUUAUUAUUGGAAAAUUCAGGUGCUAAACAGUCAACCAAAGGUAAAUUCAAACGUUUGAAAAGAAGACAAGCUGAAGAAGAUGAAGAAGAUGAAGGUAUUGUUACUAGAGAAGAAGAAAGAGAUAGAAGAUCUAAAGCUGGAUUACCUGAUAUAUUCUCUGACGAUGAAGAAGUAGAAGAAGAAGAAGAAGUUGCAGAAACCGGAAUUCCUCGUGAAACAAAUAUCUUGGAUGAAUUUGAAGAUUUCAUUGAAGAAGAUGAAUUUUCUGAUGAGGAUGAAGAAACUAGAUUACUAAAGAUCAAAGAACGACAAAGAGUUCAAAAGAGACCUAGAUUGGAUACAUCGAAAUUAUCUAACGUUGAUAGAGAAAGUUUACAACAAUUAUUUGAAGUGUUUGGUAAUGGUAAUGAAUAUGAAUGGGCAUUAGAAGCACAAGAAAUGGAAGAUGCUGGAAGUGGUGAUAGAGAAGAACCAACUUCGUUGGAUGAAGUUUUCGAACACUCAGAGUUAAAAGAACGUAUGUUAACUGAAGAAGAUAAUUUAAUUCGUAUAAUAGAUAUUCCUGAAAGAUAUCAAAAAUAUCGUGCUGCUUUGAACUAUAUUGAAUUAGAAGGUGCUGAACUUGAAAAUGAAAAGAAUUGGGUAGCAAAUAUUUUAUUUAAAGAAAAACAAGGAAUUUUCACUGGAUUCUUAGAACUCCCAUUCAAAGAAGCAGUAGGUAAUGUUGUUGAAUUCAUCUCCAAAGAAGCAUACGAAGUUCCAUUUAUUUGGACCCAUCGACGUGAUUUCUUAUUAUAUUCUCAAGAAGUACAACAGCCUGAUGGAACAAUUGAAAACAAAGUCCAUAAAUUAUUGUAUGAAGAUGACUUAUGGAGAAUUGUUCAAUUAGAUGUUGAAUAUCAUUCACUUUAUGAAAAGAGAUUGAAUACCGAAAAAAUUGUUGAAUCAUUGAAGCUCGAUGAUGAUUUAGCCAAAGAUAUUAAAUCCUUGGAUACAAUGGUUGCAGUUCAAGAUAUUCAUGAUUAUAUUCAAUUCACAUAUUCAAAAGAAAUCCGUGAAUUAGCCAACAAUAACACCGGUAGUGAUGAUAAUGAAGAGACAAUUGACUUGAAGAGCAAAAAACAUUCCAAAUAUGCUCUCUUUGAAAGAAUCAGAUCUAAUAUAUUAUAUGAUGCCGUCAAGGCAUUUGUCCCAUAUAGAAUUCAUGCCACUGAUGAUCCAUUAGAAGAUCCUGAAGAUUUAAUUGAAAAAUUGGUGGAAGAUGAUGAAGUCAUUUUUAAAGAUGAAAAGACUGCUCGUGAUGCAGUUAGGAGAACCUUUUCAGAGGAAAUUUUCCAUAAUCCAAAAAUCAGACAUGAAGUUAGAUCAACUUAUAAAUCAUUUGCAUCUAUUGGUGUUGCCAUUACUGAAAAGGGAAGAGCAACUAUUGAUCAACACAGUCCAUAUGCUGAUAUCAAGUAUGCGAUUAAUCGUUCCCCUGCUGAUUUAGUAAGACAUCCGGAUGUAUUGUUAAGAAUGUUGGAGGCCGAAAGUUUAGGUUUACUUGUUGUCAAGGUUGAAACCAAAGAUUUUGAUCAUUGGUUCCAAAGUAUUUUUAACUGUUUGAAAUCAGAUGGAUCUUCUGAUAUUUCUGAUAAAUGGAACAAAGAAAGAGAAAUCGUUUUGGGUAUGGCAUUCAAGAAAUUGAAUGGUAUGAUUGCAUUGAAUACUAAAGAAGAUCUUCGUCGUGAAUGUGAAAGAUUAAUCGCCAGUGAAGUGCGUAAAAGAUUUACAUCUAAAGUCGAUCAAGCUCCAUAUACUCCUUAUGGUUUUGAUAGAGGAACAAAACCUAAUGUUUUGGCCUUAACUUUCGGUAAAGGUGAUUUUGACAGUGCAGUUGUUGGUGUAUUUGUGAAAGAAUCAGGUAAAGUUGAUGAAUUUUUCAAAUCUGAUAAUAAUCCAGCAAGAGAUCGUGAAAAUGAAGAUAGAUUCAAUGGACAAUUGAAAGAAUUCUUUGAUAGAAAUUUGGAAUUCGCCAAACCUGACGUUAUUGUCAUUGGAGGUUAUAAUGCAACUAGUAAGAAAUUAUUUGAUUGUGUCAAGAAUUUCGUGGAAAUUAAUAGAAUUACUGCCAAUGUGGAUGAUUUACCUAAUGUAUCUAAUCCGCCACUAAUAAGUGUCAUUUGGGGUCAAGAUGAAACUGCCAGACUUUAUCAAAAUUCAGAAAGAGCAAAACAAGAAUUCCCAGAUAAACCAACUUUAGCCAAGUAUGUAAUUGGAAUUGCAAGAUAUGUUCAAAACCCAUUAUUAGAAUAUAUUUCUCUUGGUGCUGAUAUCGUAUCUUUGAACUUUUAUGAACAUCAAAAAUUAAUUAAUAAUGAUUUAAUUAUGGGUGCUAUAGAAUCGGCAUUUGUUGAUAUUGUCAAUUUGGUAGGUGUUGAAAUUAAUGAAGCGGUUCGUGAUGAUUAUGCUGCCCGUUUAUUACCAUAUAUUUCCGGUUUAGGUCCACGUAAAGCAUCUGGUUUAUUAAGAAAUAUUAAUAGUAAAUUAGGUUCAACUUUGUCUAACAGAAGUGAUUUGAUCGAAGGUGAAUUAAUGUCUGCUAAUAUUUUCAUUAAUUGUUCUUCAUUCUUGAAUAUUCCAUUUGAUGAAGGAUCGGCAGUUAGAGACACAUCUAUUGAAUUAUUGGAUGCAACUAGAAUUCAUCCCGAAGAUUAUGAUUUAGCCCGUAAGAUGGCUGCUGAUGCUCUUGAUUUGGAUGAAGAAGAUAUGGCCCAAGUUGAAGAACAAGGUGGUAUAAUUUAUCAAUUAAUGCAAGAAGGUGUAAGUAAAGUUGAUGAAUUGAAUUUGAUUGCUUAUGGUAAGGAAUUGGAAACCAAAUUUGGUAAAAAGAAAUAUGCCACUUUACAAAUGAUUAAAGAAGAAUUAGUUAAUAAUUUCGAAGAAUUAAGAAGAUCUUUCCGAUUAUUAGAUAAUGUGGAAGUUUUCGAAAUGUUAACUGGUGAAACUAGUGUUACUUUUGCCAAGAAUAUUGUGGUUCCUGUUACAGUUACCAAAGUUGGUAAAGCAUUCCAAAGUUAUGAUCAAACUGCAAGAAUUAGAUUUGCUAAAGUUAUUACAUCUUCAUUAAUCCAAGGUAAUGUUGAAGAAGAUAAGAUUCCAAAAGGUGUUGAUCUUGAACAAGGUCAAGUUGUCCAAGCAGUUGUACUUGAUGUCAAUUAUGAUUUAUUCAGUGCUACUUUCAGUAUGUUGAAGGAAGAUAUUAAGAAAGCAUCCGCUCCUAGAACAAUUAAAGAAGGUGGUAAAUGGGAUUUCAAGGCUGAAGAAGAAGAUUGGAAGAAAGAGAAAGCCAAAGAAAGAGCUAAACUUGCCAAAAUUAAAAACGUUCAACAUCCUUUAUAUCAUAAUUUCAAUUUCAAACAAGCUGAAGAAUAUUUGGCCCCUCAAAAUGUUGGUGAUUGUAUUAUUCGUCCAUCAUCUAAAGGUCCAGAUUAUUUGACUAUUACUUGGAAAGUUGCCAAUAAUUUAUUCCAACAUUUAUUAAUUGAAGAAAGAAACAAUGGAAGAUUUAAAGAAUUUGUUGUUGAAGGUAAGAAAUAUUCUGAUUUAGAUCAAUUAGUUUUCCAACAUAUUCAAACUAUAGCCAAGAAAGUAGAAGAAAUGGUUCGUCAUCCUAAAUUCAGAGAAGGUACUCUUGCUGAAGUCAAUGAAUGGUUAGAGUCAUAUACGAGAGCAAAUCCAAAGAGUUCAGCAUAUGUCUUUUGUUAUGAUCACAAGUUGCCUGGUAGUUUCUUGUUAUUGUUCAAAGUCAAUGUUAAUACUCCCAUCAGCACUUGGCAUGUUAGAACCGAAGUUGAUGGUUAUAUAUUGAAAGGGUUCUCUUAUCCAAAUAUGUUGAGAUUAUGUAACGGUUUCAAACAAACCUUUAAGUCUAUUUCAAGAUCUUCUGGUGCUACUAAUCGUGCCCCACAAAACAAUGCAUAUGGUAACUAUGGUUAUUAA